AUGUCGCCUCCUGCGGUGCGCCUUCGGAACCCUGCGAGGACCGCUUGCUGCACCAGAGCCCCGGGAGGCACCGCGCGCCGCCGCACGCUCAAAGAAGGGGCUAUUGUUCCGUGCGCGCGGAGCCGGUCGCGGAUAGGGCUCCCUGAGUCACUAAAGAGGAGACGCUGCAGAUGUGCCGGCGCGCGGGAAGUUUUUCUUCCAGCAAGAGUUGGAGGCACCGUGCAGCAGGCGCUGACCGGGUGUCUGCUGGGACGUCUCCGGGGCAGGGGCGACGGGCCACACGAGGAUCAGUGCCUGGAGCCCCUCUUCGCCCUCCGCCUUGCUCGCGGUGCACCCCGCUCUGCGCUGGGGUCUGUUCUCUCGGCCCUACUGCGCGCCCUAGCUGUGCAACGGACCCAGGCUCUGAGCCGCUUUCCAGCGAGUGCAAGAACCAGGCUGCCCGGCCGCCCUUUUAUAUCUUCGAUAGUCUCCACCCACCCCUUUACCCCCUUCCUCCUCCCUCUUGGCGGCCUUUCUAUCCCCAGGACACCGCCCCCUAAACUCUCGGUGCUAAACCUCUCUCAGCGCCGCCGGCGGGGGCGGGGGAGGGGGCGGCCUCCGCGCUGGCUCCGCGCCCCUGGCUCGUCAGUCUCGCGGCGGAAGACGCAAGAGGGGGCUCUGGGACCAGCACUUUGUACGUCUGGGGCUGCAACAGGGAGAAGGAAAGGAAAAGGCUGCCUCUGCGUUAGGAAAUUCCACCUCGAUCGAGGUCCCAAAGCCGAGCAGCCGAUCCUUCGAAAAAGAGGGAGGGGCUCAAUGACACAGAGGAAGGAAAUGUUUCAUAACGCUUCCCCAGGCGGAAAACCACGGGGACAAUGCUUGAUGAAAGGGUAGUUACUUAGGAGAUCGUUUGAGGAAAAGUCAUUUUACCCUUACAAGAUCUUGACUGUGGAAUCAUGAAAACAUGAUGGCAAAGCCAUCAAUGCAUUUUUAAAUCCCUUCCUCAGAAGAGGGCUCUGGACAAGACCAAGACUUGGUGACCAGCAGUUAGGGCCUCAGACUAGUUUGGAAUGCUGACUUCAGACACUUGAAGUGGCCCAGGGGCUCAGAGGCUUAACAGGUCCGUAUAAGAGAAAAUGGGAUUCCCUUGAAUUGGGACAGGAUAGGAAAUUCAGAAGACCAGCAGAAAACUUGUCAUUUUCUAGAAACUCAUAUAAUGCAUCCCAAUCUUUCAACUUUCCUACAUAAGCUUCAGCUUUUAAAAUGUACGAAUGCGGGUUGGACCUUUAGUUCAUUUCUGCUCCUGGUGCAUUCUUUUUGGGGGUUUGUUUAAGUCAAGGCAUGUAUUUCUAAUCUUGUAUGGCUUACUUCAAAUCUACUCUAAUUUUUGCACUUUUCACAUUGUAUAUCCAAACGGAGCUGAAAAAACAGAGAGCUCAAGGCAAAAGAAUGGCCAGGAACAUGGCUUUUUUAUUCACUGGGUUCCUCUCCAGAUUUCUGUUCUUUUUCAUAAUGAUUCCAAUCUGCUGUGCACCUGUAGUUCUGGGAAAUGAUUCUUUUUUAAUCGCUUCAACAGAGGCAUGGAUGUAGGAGCUGCCAAUUACUAAGCUUGAAAAACUUCAUGCAUGGUCAGAAGAACAUUUAAUCUACUUUUUUUGUGUGUUUUUUAAAGAUCAGCACUGUUUGGGCAUUUGUGGUAACACACAAAUAUAUAUGUUUAUAUUUAUCAAGAAAAUUGUGACUUGAAAAAAUAAUUUGGUGUAGAAACAAGACCAACAGAACAGCAUUUGUACAUGGCACUAGUAAAAGUGACAUGUACUUCUGGGUCCUUGUAAGUUCCACACUCUUACCCUUGUAAAAUACUUGCUCUUUGAUUUAAGCAUGCACCCAAAAGAUCUCACUCUGUCCCAAACUCUGCCAAAUUUCUGGUUUUUCUUUUUGUAGAAUACAUAUGUGCAUAUAAACAUAAAUCCUGAUAUGUUUUAUUGACCUUGACCAGUUUUUAUUAUUUGUAGAGAUAACAAAACUUUUAAUAAAAGUUAAAAUGUUUGAUAUGAAAAUAGUCUAACCAUGAAGUUUGACUUUUUAAAAGAGUUCUUCUCUGUUAACAGAGAAAAAAAGUUUC